CCCACGACCCCCCUUCCCUGCCAUGGUGGUCCAUCAGUAGCAGGUUCCAGACUACCCCAGCCCCCCAGGACCUUUGGGCAGACCCAGCGACAGCCAGGUGCGCAAAGCCACAGGAGCUCUAGGACAAUCUGGGGGCAGUUCUGCCUGUUGUGCUCGCUUAUGCCUGUGGAGAUGCCCAACUGACAGGAGAGCGAGUGAGGACUAGAACGCUCCCUUUUGACCCAAGCCUGCUGCACCCAUGGCGCUGCCGGUCAGUCUGUUACCCCUGUGCUGCUUGGCACUUUUGGCAUUACCUGCCCAGAGCUGUGGGCCGGGCCGUGGACCUGUUGGCAGGCGCCGCUACGUGCGCAAGCAGCUUGUGCCUCUGCUCUACAAGCAAUUUGUGCCCAGCGUGCCGGAGCGGACCCUGGGAGCCAGUGGGCCAGCGGAGGGAAGGGUGGUAAGGGGUUCCGAGCGCUUUCGGGACCUCGUGCCCAACUACAACCCCGACAUCAUCUUCAAGGAUGAGGAGAACAGUGGCGCCGACCGCCUGAUGACGGAGCGUUGUAAGGAGCGGGUGAACGCGCUGGCCAUUGCAGUGAUGAACAUGUGGCCUGGAGUGCGCCUACGAGUGACGGAAGGCUGGGAUGAGGAUGGCCACCAUGCUCAGGAUUCACUCCACUACGAAGGUCGUGCCCUGGACAUCACCACCUCUGACCGCGACCGCAAUAAGUAUGGUUUGCUGGCUCGCCUGGCAGUGGAAGCCGGCUUCGACUGGGUCUACUACGAGUCCCGAAACCAUGUCCACGUGUCUGUCAAAGCUGAUAACUCAUUGGCCGUCCGGGCCGGCGGCUGUUUUCCGGGAAAUGCCACCGUGCGCCUGCGGAGCGGCGAGCGGAAGGGGCUGCGGGAACUGCAUGGCGGAGACUGGGUGCUGGCAGCGGACGCCACAGGCCGGGUGGUGCCCACGCCGGUGCUUCUCUUCCUGGACCGGGACUUGCAGCGCCGGGCCUCGUUCGUGGCUGUGGAGACCGAGAGGCCUCCGCGAAAACUGUUGCUUACGCCCUGGCACCUAGUGUUCGCUGCUAGAGGGCCGGCGCCCGCGCCGGGCGACUUUGCACCGGUGUUCGCGCGCCGGUUACGCGCUGGAGACUCAGUGCUGGCGCCUGGCGGUGACGCGCUUCGGCCGGCGCGCGUGGCCCGCGUGGCGCGAGAGGAAGCGGUGGGGGUGUUCGCGCCACUUACUGCUCAUGGGACAGUGCUGGUCAAUGACGUCCUGGCCUCCUGCUACGCGGUUUUGGAGAGUCACCAGUGGGCUCACCGCGCCUUUGCUCCCUUGCGCCUGCUGCACGCACUGGGGGCGCUGCUCCCCGGCGGUGCAGUCCAGCCGACUGGCAUGCAUUGGUACUCGCGCCUCCUCUAUCGCUUGGCAGAGGAGCUGCUGGGCUGAGCGCCCCAGGCAUAGAAACCUUGAGACGCUUGAUGAAACCCGAUCGUGCUGACUGAGAUCUGGGGAUGUGGGCAACAG